GAACACGACUACUGCUUUCAGAGCUAUAUAAGAUGCGGCGUGAGAUAACGCCCUCUGGUGGUAACGAAAUGUAGCCGGCUGGGACUGGGAACUAGGGACCACAGUCAUUCGCUCUACCGAACGCGUACACGUGACUAAGGGCCGCGAAAGCGCAGGGGAGACCCCUAACCCAGCUUGGUAGUGAGAGGGAACCUUUCCGCACGAGGAGAGCUACAAACUCACACGGAGAUUGGGUUAGGCUGAAGGCCAGGCUGAGCACAAAGCCUCCGAGUUUAAAAUCAAAAAAGCGGGCGAGAGCGGCGCUUAGUCCCGACGUGGGGGUGGAGCCACCCGCCCCAGCUUGGCAGGGCUUCCCUGGUAACCAAGGAGACCUGUUGCUAGGGGACCAGGCUAAGAAAGGACUCUCCCAUUACCAAGAUGGCAAACAAUCGGCUUCAUACCUGAAACCAAGCCCUUCCUGGGGUCCAUUUUGGAGUCUGGCAAAAUUUAAGCUCCGCGUCUAAGCCAGGAAAGUCAAGCAGCACACAUAAAGAGGAAACCUGGAGACAGUGCCUAUUAGAAUCUAGGAAAAAGGGUGGCCUGCCCUGGUCAUUUCGUAGGAGUCUCUCGGCGAGAUUCUGGUGCCCUCUGCCCUUAACCAAGAUGGCCGCUCUGAAGCGGCAGCGCACUGUGAGAUAUGGCAGCGCUUCCGGUCCCUCUGCCCUCAGCGAAGAUGGCGGCAGUGGAGAAGCGGCGGCAGGCGGUGGCACAGGCAACUAGUUUCACAGACAGCGGCCGGCCGGGGGUGUCCCGAGCGGCGGCGGCGACCGAGAGUGAAGAGGACUUCCUGCGACAGGUCGGCGUGACGGAGAUGCUACGCGCGGCCCUGCUAAAGGUGCUGGAGGCGCGACCGGAGGAGCCCAUCGCCUUUCUGGCGCACUACUUCGAGAACAUGGGCCUGCGGUCUCCUGUAAACGGCGGCGCUGGGGAGCCUCCGGGCCAGCUCCUGCUUCAGCAGCAGCGCCUGGGCCGCGCACUGUGGCAUCUUCGCCUGGCUCACCACUCCCAGAGGACGGCCUUCAACAACAACGUCGGCGUGGCCUACGAGUGCCUGAGCGCCAGUGGGCGCAAGAAGAAGCCGGGGCUGGACGGGCGCACGUAUAGCGAGCUGCUGAAGCGCAUCUGCCGCGACGGAGAGGCCCCCGAGGAGGUGGUGGCGCCACUGCUGCGCAAGAUCCAGUGCCGGGACCACGAGGCAGUGCCGCUGGCCGUGUUCCGCGCGGGGAUGCUCACCUGCUUCGUGCUGCUGGAGUUCGUGGCGCGCGCCGGCGCCCUCUACCGGCUGCUGGAGGACCCGGGCCUGGCCGUGGCCGACCGCCGCUUGGGCCAGGCCGUGUUGGACACGCUGGAGGGGGCCCUGCAGGCCAGCGACGACACUGCGCCCGCGCGCUACCUGGAGGCGGGCUCGCGCCUGGGGCCCGACAGCCUGGCGCUGGCUAUGGACCGCGCGCUGGUGGCCCGACGACCCAGCGCCCCCAUGACCCGGGAGGAGUUCCUGGAGAAGGCCGCCGCCCUCUUCAUCGCUAAGGUCAAGCCCGUGGGCUGAGCUCCGCCCUCCGCCGCCGCCUCCUCCUCCUCCUGGACAUACAGGGCCCUCAGGGUCUGCUCAUCUGCUUCUGGGUGGAGCACUUCCGGAGGCCAGGACUGGGGUGUCCCUGCAUGCCAACUUCCCACCUGGAAUGAUGCCUCAGCCCCGUUCAGCGGGGGAGGGGGCAAGGGUCCCUCCCCGCACAUUUCACCAAGGUUCGCCUCUCCUGAGCAGAAAUAAAGUCUGUUCCCAGGCUGA